GAGAACGAGAGAGACCGAUAAAGACGUCGCUCCAGAACGGUUGGCAGUCGUCACGUCGGUUACGACUUACCAGCUGUCAAGGCAUCGAUUGCGAGAACUUUUUACCGUUGUCUCGGGUUCGAAGCAAGGGCCGUCUCGCGUUCCGUAAACGCGUAUCGUCCCUUGGGGGAGAACCCUCGCGACACCGUCUCUCAGCCGCGCCGCACAAAUCUGGCUGGAAAUGGACAGUAACGCCCGUCACAACACGCCGCCUCAAGCGAGUGCGGACACGAGUGGCGAGACGUCAAAUCAGAACGAAAUUCCUACUGUCACUGUGGCAAUGCCAUUCCUGCAGGUUGACAUGCUCGGUCAUUCCGGAGCGUCUACUGCUGCUGCACAGGCUACAACGGCAAACCGAAUGGUUGAAGGAGAGGAGAUUCCACCUCCAAAACUAGACUUCUCUGCACCACCCCCUUAUGAAGUAGCUACCAAAUUACCCAGUUAUGAGGAAGUUCAGCGUGAAAAGUCUCUACAGGGCGAGCCACAGCCUCAGGUGCACAUGCCAGGAAAUAUUAGACCACCACAGCAGCCUUUAACAAUACUGGCAAUAGAUACAGAAGCUGCGGAAGGAGAUCCAGAGAGUGGGCUGCUUGGCACAGAUUUUAUGUUCUUCACAGCGUUUCUUGUCGCAUUCCUAUUCAACUGGAUUGGAUUUUUAUUACUGAUGUGUUUCUGUCACACCAUUGCCUCUCGUUACGGUGCGCUAGCUGGCUUUGGAUUGUCUCUGACAAAGUGGACGCUCAUUGUUAAACACUCCACCGACCUUGCUUCGCGAGAGAACUCAUGGCUGUGGUGGUUGAUUAUGGCAUUCGGAGUUCUAAUUUGUGUACGUGCCAUCAUUCAAUAUUUAAACAUCAAACGUGGCUGGAGGCUACUGUCUGGGAGCGCACAGGAGCGUCUACUUUUUUUCUAUUAAAAAAUCAUUAAAUCUGCACUUUUUUUUUCUUUAUUUAACUUGGCUUUAGAGCAAACAGCAUUUCUAUGUGGGGUCGUAUUUGUAUAAUAUAUAAUCGACUUUCUUAAGGGAGAGUAUCGUGUAGAUCGUAAUAUAUGUCAAUCAUAUUUACAUAGAACGGAAACAAGGAAAUUAUUUAAAAUUUGCCAAAUUCGCUGUGGAAAACAAAAUUAAAUUAAAUAAAAAAAGAAUCAACUCGUUUUUCGCAUAUACACAAAUAUACGAGACAUACAAAUAUUAUUUUAUGUGAUGUUAUACACGAUAAGCUGGAGAUAAAGGAAUGUACAUUUUUAUUGCUCAAAAUAAUAAGAACAAUGCUUUAAGUCAAUGAGCUUAUUCAUUUCAAGCAUUGUUCAUUUGAAUGCAGAUUGCUGAAGAACAUAAAUGUGUCACGGAGCGCAUGUCAAAUUGCAAUUUGUGCAAAGUUGACAAGUCAAAAUGAAUCGCGUGAAGAGACGAAAUGUACGAUUCGUUAUUAUUUCCGAAUAAAUGAUGAACAAAA